AUGUUCUCAACUCCACACUUUUCCGAGUGCUUCGAUACCCCGACGGAAGAGCAGAAAGUCGACGAACUCCGCGCCCGACAGCACCACGAGGAAGAAAUCUAUAGCCUACCUCGGCAUGAAGGAUGGCGACAGCUGUCUCUCCGCCUCUACAAAGGUUUCUGGUUCCCCGAAGCCAUCCUCCCCGGCGUUCUCUCCCUCCGCCACCACCUCCGCCCCACUUCUUCCGACAUCUUCCUCGUCAGCUUCCCGAAAUCCGGCACAACCUGGCUCAAAGCCCUCGCCUUUGCCAUCAGCACCCGCAAACCUGAAUUACUCCAAUCCCGCCACCCGCAGGACUGCUCCCCUAAUCUGGAGACCUUCUUCGCCGGCCCCCGCGUUCCUGACCUGGACGCGUUGCCCUCCCCAAGGCAGUUUAGCACCCACAUCCCCUACUCUGUCCUGCCCAAAUCCGUCCACGACUCUCCCUGCCGGAUUAUUUACCUUUGCAGAGAGCCCAAAGACACGCUCGUUUCAACCUACCACUUCGUCAAUGGAAUGCAACGCCCUGAAGCGGCCCCGCAAAUGCCGUUGACGGAGGCGGUGGAGCUGUUCUGCAAAGGGCUGACAAUGUACGGUCCGGUGUGGGAGCAUCAAUUGGAAUACUGGCAGGAGAGCCAGAGGCGACCGGAGAAGGUGCUGUUCCUCAAGUACGAGGAUUUGAUGGCGGAUCCAGAGGCCAUUGUGAGAAGGAUGGCGGAGUACAUGGGAAAGCCCUUCUCGGCGGCGGACGAGAUGAAUGGGAUGGUUGGGGAGAUUGUCAGAUUCAGCAGCUUUGAAAAGCUUAGUGGAUUGGAGAUUAAUAAGGUCGGAUUGUGGGGGAAGGAGUUCGAUUUGGGCCAUUUGGCCAUAAAAAAGGCUUCUUUUUUUAGAAAUGGGAAGGUAGGAGAUUGGACGGAGCAUUUCACCGCAGAGAUGGCUGAGAGGUUUGACGCCAUUGCUCGGGACAAAUUUCAUCAGAGCGGAUUGACCCAUUCGCAUUCAUCUGUUUAA